UUCAACCACAACCCUACCUACAAAUGCCACUUCAACCACAAGCCAAGCUAUUAAUGCCACUUUGACAAUCCUACCCACAAAUGCCACCUCAACCCCAGUCCUACCUACAAAUGCCACUUCAACCACAAUCCUACCUGCAAAUGCCACUUCAACCACAAGCCAAGCUACUAAUGCUACUUCAAAGACAAUCCUACCUACAAAUGCCACUUCUGCAACAAUCCGACCUACAAAUACCACUUUUACCACACUCCUACCUUCAAAUGCCACUUUGACAAUCCUACCCACAAAUGCCACUUCAACCACAAUCCUACCUACAAAUGCCUUUUUAAAUGCCACUUCAACCAUAAACCUAUCUACAAAUGCCACUUCAACCCUGAGCAUGUCUACAAACCCACCUUCAACAAGUCCUCCUGAAGUAGCUUCAGUAUUUAUACUGGUGUUUAGCAUGAAUGAACUUUUUGUUCAGGCAUUGUCUAAUCCCCAGUCACCUGAGUUUAGGUCAAAAUCUCAAGAUAUCCGUGAUAAGGUUGAACCAAUUUUUAGACGAGCCUUUCCAAAUUUCAUCAAGAUGAUAAUUCAUAAUUUCUGGAGUGGUUCAAUUGUGACAAAUUCUACUCUUGACUUUAAUGAUAAUGGAACCAUCCCAACCAACUCCACAGUAAAACAAACCCUUGUGAAUGCGGCGAACACCACCUACUUGAACAUUUCUACAGAUUCUAUAAGUGUCUCUGAGGUUCCAGUCACAAAGACCAUUUCUACCACAAGCAUGUCUACAAACAGCUCUUCACCAACAAGCGUGUUCCCAACCCUGAGCACGUCUACAAACCUCACUUCAACCCAACGUUCAUCUACAAAUGCCACUUCAGCGCUAAGCACAUCUACAAAUGCCACCUUAACCCUGAGCCCGUCUACAAGCGGCUCUUCAACAACAAGCUCAUCGACAACCACAAGCACAUCUACAAGCAGCCCUUCAACAACAUUACCUCCGACACCUCCAACUUUUAACUUGACAUUUAGUAUCAUAGAAACAUUUGAUGCAGCUCUGGCCAACAACAGCUCUCCACAGUUUCAGGCAAAAUCUAGAAAUAUCCAUAAUCAGAUUGAACCAUUGUUCAAGAGAUUCUUUACAUCCUUUAUUCUUAUGCAAAUAGUAAUAUUCAGGAAUGGAUCUAUUAUUACAGAGAGCAACCUUUAUAUGAAUCCUAGUGGCCCAAAUGUUACUCUGGAACAGGUGAAAUCCGUCUUCCUCGGUGGACUUUCCAGCUUUAACUUUACUGUUGAUCCGAACUCCGUCAGUGUCACUCUUGGUAAUUCCAUGCCACCAGCGAUUGCAAGCUCACUUUCCAUGAUAUUGAUGACACUUCUACUAUCAAUAUCAUUGCACUUCGAGCUCUAGACCUGAUCAGAGAACAUACACAAUCACCCAUAUGUACAUAAUCAUUAAUAAGAUAAAAUGAAUGUUUUAUUCUUAGAAACAAAAUCAUCUUUACAUAAGAAAUACUAAUAUCUGAUCUGUUGAAACUGGAGACUUAAUGAGGGUUGUGAUUUGCCUCUAAAUUUCUCCACAUUCUAAAAGUCCUACAAGGAUUUUCUUCCAUUUCUAUUCAAAUCUGUUGGAUGUUUUUGUUCAGUGAUUAAUGCUAUAAUUAAAUGUAUUAAAUCAGUAUUAUACAGUAUCAUUUUUGACCUUGCACCUGUAUAAGCAAACCAACAUAUGACUUCUCUUUAAAAGUGUUCAAUGAUUAUAAACCAUGCAUGAAAGAAAGCUUAGCACAAUUGAUUUGAUAU